UAAAAUGAGAAUUAUGACGUGGUGUUGAAGGAGUGAAGUCGAUUUGUCAAAAGUCUUCCCCAAAUUCCACACUCCCUUCUUCGUUUCAGGGUCUUCCUCCAUCCCAAUCUUCAUUCAUCCCUAAUCAAAACCCUUUACAGAGUUCUUCUCUGCUUCACGAAUUGAUCCAUGGCUUUCCAUCUCAAUCUCUCACCAUUGGCAUUAUGGAUGCUAACCACCAUCAUCUUCUCCCUCUGCUUCGCUACCGAAUCAAACGAAGAACGAACCAGCGAGCUUCUAUCACUUCAAUCAAGAUCCAGUUCCGGAAUAAUCCAUCUCAACGACCAAUCCGUCGCUCGUUUCAUAACCUCCGUCAAAACCCCAAGACCCUACUCCCUUCUCAUCUUCUUCGACGCCGCGCAACUCCGCGACAAAUCCGAACUCCGUCUCACGGAGCUUCACAAAGAAUUCUCCAUCGUCGCUUCUUCCUUCAUCACCAACAACGCUAACCAUUCGUCUCUCUCAAAACUCUUCUUCUGCGACAUCGAUUUUAAAGAAUCACAACUCACUUUUUCACAAUUCGGCGUCAACUCUCUCCCUCACAUCCGUCUGGUCGGUCCUAACCACGGACUCAAGGAUUCCGAACACAUGGAUCAAGGUGAUUUCUCUCGGCUCGCGGAAUCGAUGGCUGAAUUCGUCGAAUCGAGAACUAAGUUAACCGUUGGAACCAUUCAUCGACCGCCGCUUCUGUCGAGAAACAAAAUCAUCCUCAUUACGGUUGGAUUCUUGAUCUGGUUAUCUUAUUUCGUGAAGAAGCUUCUCACUGGUGAAACACUGUUGCAUGACCCUAGGGUUUGGUUGGCGGGUUCUGUUUUUGUUUACUUUUUCAGUGUUUCUGGUGCAAUGCAUAAUAUUAUAAGGAAAAUGCCUAUGUUUCUUGUGGAUCGUAACGAUCCUUCGAAGCUUGUGUUUUUCUAUCAGGGAUCUGGAAUGCAGCUUGGUGCUGAGGGUUUUACUGUUGGAUUCCUGUAUACACUUGUGGGUUUGCUUUUGGCGUUCAUGAGCCAUGGUCUUGUUAAGAUCAAGAGUGUUAAGGUGCAGAGGGUGGUUAUGAUUUUUGCUCUGUUGGUUUGUUUUUUGGCUGUGAAGCAGGUUGUCUUUUUGGAUAAUUGGAAGACUGGAUAUGGGAUUCAUGGAUAUUGGCCCUCUAAUUGGAACUUUUGAGGUUUGGCACGGACUAUUCGACUUCUUUUCCUCUGAAAUUCGAGAAUUUUGGGUAUGUAAAACUUUGCAUUCCUUUCUGAAAUCUUAAAACUUACCGAAAAUGAUGUCUUAUAUUAUGUUAGAACUUUAAAUGUAGCUUGUCGUUGCGCUGUUGUGGCAGUGGCUCGGAUUUGAGCUAGAAUUUGAGUAUGAAACAAAACUUAUAAUCCUCAGAGUACUUUUUGUUUGGAUGAUUUAUGGUUAGUGGUAACUGGAUUAUGUUGCAUUUAA